CAUGGGCUGUAACAUGUGCCUGGCCCGGGAGCCCGAGGAGCAGUACAAGGUCAUGCUGCAGGUGAACGGGAAGCCGCUGGCCAGGCUGUCGCAGGAGCAGACGCUGGAGGCUCUUCGCUGCUCCAAGGAGCCGCUCGUCAUCCAGGUGGUGAGACGCAGCCCCCGGGCGCGGGGCGGGGGGGAGGGGGCCCUGCCCGGGGACCCCGCCACCCUGGUGGACAGCGGGACGCAGACGGACAUCAGCUUCGAGCACCUGCUGGCGCUGGGCCGGCGGCGCCCCCCCAGCCCCCCCGCCGGGACCCUGGAGACCUUCGGCCUCCCCGAAAUCCCCCCCUUCGGGCAUGAAUACUACGAUCCUGUGGAGUUCAUGGGAGGGGGCCCCCCAGAGACAGAGCGGGCAGAGGAGCUGGAGUAUGAGGAGGUGGAAUUGUACAAAUCGAGCCACCGGGACAAGCUGGGGCUGACGGUUUGUUACCGGACGGACGACGAGGACGACGUGGGAAUCUAUGUCGGAGAGGUGAAUCCCAACAGCAUCGCUGCCAAGGACGGGCGCAUCCGAGAGGGCGACCGCAUCGUCCAGAUUAACGGGGUGCAGGUCCAGGACCGCGAGGAAGCUGUCGCCAUCCUGACCCAGGAGCAACAAACGAACAUCUCGCUGCUGCUGGCCAGGCCUGAGACCGAGCUCUCCAGGCGCUGGAAGGACAGCGACCGCGAGGAUUUCCUGGAUGCCUUCGGCUCCGACCACGAGGGCGAAAUGAGACCCCGAGCGACCCCCGGGCAGCAGCCUGCCGUGGCCCCCGAGCCGCCCAGCGCCGGGCCCCCGCUCCCCCCGCUGACCCACAGCCAGGAGCUGGACAGUGGGGUGGGCCGGACGGACGAGAGCACCCGGAACGAGGAGAGCUCGGAGCACGACCUGCUCGGGGACGAGCCCCCCAGCUCGGCCGGCACCCCAGCCCCCCAGCGCCGCCCGGCCCCACUGCCGGCCCGGGACUUCCCCUUCGGCCUGGACUCGCGGGCGCUGGCGGGCGGCGAGGGGCCGGGGCUGACGGACGCGGAGUACGAGCGCUACCAGGAGCUGCUGGAGCUGCGGGGGCACCUGGCCAGCGGGCCCGGCCCCGGCGGGCUGCCCCCCGGCGCGCUGCCCCCCGGCCUGGACCUCAACCGCAACCGCGUGGCCCUGCUGGAGGAGGAGCUGCGGCACCUGCAGUUCAAAUGCCGCAACAUCCUGCGGGCGCAGAAGAUGCAGCGGCUGCGGGAGCGCUGCCUGCAGGCCUGGCUGCUGGAGGAGGAGGGGGGGCCGGCGCCGGCGGGCGAGGGGCCCCCCCCGGCCCCGCUGGCCGACAUCACCGAGGUGCCCGAGCGCUCGGAGAAGGACAGCACCAGCGCCUACAACACGGGCGAGAGCUGCCGGAGCACCCCGCUGCUGCAGAGCCCCGGCCCCGGCCCGCGGGCCGAGCCCCCCCCCAAGCCGGGCCGGCUGCGGCGCCCCCGCGAGGAGUGGAAGGGGCGGGCGCGGGGCGAGGGCGCCCGCCGCCCGGGCCGCGACCGGCUGCUCAAGGCGCGGGCGCUGAAGAUCCGGGAGGAGCGCAGCGGCAUGACCACGGACGACGACGCCGUCAGCGAGAUGAAGAUGGGCCGCUACUGGAGCAGGGAGGAGCGGAAGCAGCAGCUGCUGCGGGCCCGCGAGCAGCGCCGGCGCCGCGAGCUCAUGCUGCAGAGCCGGCUGGACUGGCAGCGCGAGGGCCCGGGGGCCCCCGACCAGCUCAGCAUCCUGGCGCUCAGCCACCGCAAGAGCCUCAAGAAACGCAGCCGCCGCAUCCUGGACAAUUGGAUGACGAUCCAGGAGAUGCUGGCGCACGGCGCCCGCUCGGCCGACGGGCACCGGCUCUACAACCCGCUGCUGUCCGUCACCACCGUCUGAGCCCGCCCCCGCCCCGCCCCGCCCCCGCCGGGACUCGGGGCGCCCCCGCCCCCAGCCAGAACUCGGGGCUCCCCCCGCUGCGUGAUAACCCUGGAGACUUGGUUUCUCCCGUGUGCCAGGAUUUCGGGGUGACCUGCCCCCCGACAGGCCAGGAUGGGGCAUGAUCCCGCCUCCCCCACAUCGCCACCAUCAGAGGACACACAGGCUGCAUGGAGACCGUGGGGGCCCCCCCACUUUGCCAGCACUGGGCCCCCCCCCCCAACAGCAGGAACGAGGGGGACCCUGGCGUCGCUCCUGGAGACGCCUGGCUGCAGAGGGGACCCGGCUGCUGAGACAAUGGGGAAAUUUGGGGGCUCCCCCAAUGCUGCUCCAGCCCCCCCACAGGGACCCCCAGGAGCGGAACCGGGGCCAUGAAGCACAAAGACACUGAGUCAGGCUGGGGGGGGAGGACAAAGGGCCCCCCCCAGAUGCUCUCCCCCCUGGGGUGGUUUUUAUGUCGUGUCUGUGAUUCGUGUCUGGUCAGUUUGUCUGUCUGAGUCUGGCAGGGGAGACACCUGCCCCCCUCCUCCCCCAGCCCCCCAUUUCCCCCUGAACCCCCAAACCCCAGAUC